AUGGACCAAUUGUCGGACACAAUUGAAUUUAAUAAAAAUCUAGCGCUUUUGAGAAAUCAGAUGGCUGGAUACAAUGCCAGGCUAAACCAGUUGAGGACAGAGUCGAGACAGCCACUUUCAGCUUACAAGCCUAACCCAAACUGAACCAGCGAAUACAUAGGAAUCCACGCCUCAUAUUCAAUUGACUACUUUCCAAAGAAGCGAGGCAGGAAACCAAAAGAUGUGGAUUUGACAGAAACUGUGAAUAAUAAUGGAGGAAUUACAUUCACCUGCAAAAGCUGCAAGCGUGUGCUUGAGAUCAAAAAGAAAUACGCUAAAGAGCAAUGUCAGACUUGCUAUAAAAAGAACAAGAAAAUCGAUCAAGAUCAAAAAUAUGUAUAUUCUUAA